AUGUUACACAUAAGAGCAUUAUUACUAUAUUGCAUUUCUUAUUUCACCAAUUUUGAUUUUAGUAUCAGUGGUGUAGCCUAUAAUUAUUUUUUAUAUAUUAUUCAAAAAUAUCUAAAAAGGAUAAAAUAGUAAACAAUUUACUGUGAUAAGAAGGUAUGGCUAUUAUUUUAAAGGAUAUAAAAAAAAUAGGUGGUGGUGGGAAAUAAUCAAAACUUAAUACAAGUUUAUAGUAUCAAUACUUGCUUCAAUAUUUAACAAAAGUUUUAUAACUUUAACUCAAUCACUAUUAUGUUGCUAAACAAUAUAUUUAUUAAUACUGAUUAAGUUUAAUCCAUAUGA